AUGGUUUCUUGCUUGUUUUGCUUGCUUCAAUGGUUACCGAUCCUUGUUUUGCUUUUUUUUUUUUUUUCGGUUACAGAAUCCUUGGCUCAAACUAUGUCUUCAGAAGUUAGAGUAAGGGUCUCCAAUCAGAUGGCUUAUCGAGUAAAGAAAGCAGCCCUUUUGGUGUUGGAGGGAACCAUCAUGGAGCAAUAUGCCAGACUUCGAGAUUAUGCGAAUGAGCUGAAAAGGGUGGACCCUUCUACAACCGUUGACAUAAAAUGUGAUUUUAGCAAGGGAGAGAGCCUUCCAAUCUUCAAGAGGAUGUAUAUCUGUCUUGGAGCUCUAAAAAAUGGAUUUAAAGCGGGAUGUAGGUCUGUGAUUGGGCUAGACGGUUGCCAUUUGAGGUCUGCAUAUGGGGGUCAGCUCUUGACAGCUGUUGGCAUUGAUGCCAACAACACUUCAUGGGUGAUUGCCUACGCAAUGGUGGAGAUGGAAAGCAAAGACUCGUGGAGAUGGUUCCUAGAGCUUCUGUGCAAAGACCUGAGUAUACUUGAGGAUGGAGCAGGUUGGACUUUCAUCAGCGAUAAGCAAAAGGGUUUAAUCCCUGCCUUUGAAGAAGUAGUUCCAUUGGCCAAGAUUAGAUUUUGUGCGCGCCAUAUGUGGACAAAUUUUACGAAGCUGUUUCCGGGAAAGGUACUAAAGGAUCAAAUGUGGAAAUGUGCAAAGUCAACUACACUUCCUUACUUUGCAAAGGAAAUGGAGGAGAUGAAGGCUUUGGAUAAUGAAGCGUACAAAUGGAUGGCACAUAAGGAUAGGCCUCCACAGCAUUGGUGUAGAGCACACUUCGAGACUUGGUCGAAGUGUGACAUUAUGAUCAACAACUUAUGUGAAAGCUUCAACUCGUUCAUUUUUGAUGCUAGAGCAAAACCACCAGUGAGUAUGUUCGAGGAAAUGAGAGUGAAGCUAAUGAAGAGAAACCAAAUCAGAAAGGAUAAGAUGCAAGCAAUGGUGGGAAAUCUGUGCCCCAAGCCUAGAAAAGUACUAGAAAAGAACAAAAUGAAGGCUGCUUCAGAUUGCAUUUCUAUCGGGAAUGGUGGUGACCAAGUGGAGGUGGAGACUUUUGAAGGAACAAAGAAUGUGGUCAACCUUACGGCAAGGACCUGCACAUGCCGAAUGUGGGACUUAAGUGGUGUUCCAUGCAAGCACGCGGUCUCAGCAAUAUACCACAACAGGGCAGAUCCGGAAAACUUUGUUGCAGAUUGCUACUUAAAAAAGACGUACCUUAACAUUUACAGCAAUUUGAUCAAGCCGGUUAACGGAAUGGAGAUGUGGACUAGGAGUGAAGAACCACCAAUUCUGCCUCCACAGUAUUCUAGACAGCCCGGAAGGCCACGAACAAAGAGGAUUAGAGAUUUAUCGGAGAAGUUGGCUGCACAGGGAACAAAGCUUGGAAGAGUUCAGCGGUCGUUGAAGUGUAGCAAUUGUCAAAGAAUUGGCCACAACGUGAAGACAUGUCACCGACAUCUUCCACCAAAAGAUAAGCGAGCUGCAAAUGUGAACAAGAAAAGGAAACUCAACAAUGGAGAAGGAAGUUCAUCUCAAAAAGCCCAGCCUAAACCUGGAAGAAAGCCACCAUUGAGUAAGAAUGACUUGAGGAAAAACCAUCUAAAAGUGGUAGAAUAUCAAAGGAAGAAGAUGGCUGCAUUGAAGGCAUCUAGAAAAGCUGCGGCUGCUGCCCCUGCUAACUCUACCAAAGCUGCUGCUGACUCUACCAAAGCUGCUGCUGCCGCCACAAAAUCCAAGUCCACCAAAGCUGCUGCUGCUGCUGCUGCCACAUCUACCUCAACAACCACGAGGCCUCCGACAUCAAGUAAAGCAUCAAAAGGCCAAACUCCAACACCUUCUAGAUCAUCUCAAAGGAUUAGGCAGAAUUCCAAGCAAGGGGGAAAGUAGGAGGAAGUUUGGGGAAUGAUAAGCAAGCCCUAACAUUUUUUGUGCAACCUUGGUGUAUGCUACCUAGGUUGCUAGCUCUAAUUUUUUGGGAGGAUGAUUAGAGCUAUUUGAAAUGCAAACAUUAAUUUGAGAUGUUUUAAACAUUUGGGCUGCUUAUUUUGUUGGAUUUAGAGAAAGUUUGAUGUUGUUAUAAGAUCAAAUGUAGAAUUGGUGCUUCAAGUCAAUAGCAUGUUGGUUAAAAAUGUAGAUUUGUUCCUUUGAAGUACAUGUUGUUACUUUGAACAUUUACAGGUCAAAUGUUAUUACUUUGAUAAGCCAUUCUGCAAAUACAUUAUUUUGGGCGGGAGGAUUCAACUUUACAAGUAUUUAGGUCUUCUUUGGCGGAAAAUUGGGCUGUAUUUAGGUCUUCUUUGGCGGGAAAAUGGGCUGCUUAAUAGAACUUGGAGCUGUGAUAGAGCCAGGGUCAGUUUGGUCAAUUCGCCUUGAUGUGGGCCCCACCUGGGCUGAGUUAGAUCGCCAUGUCAGCACCAAAACAGCUGAAAUUGACUGAUUUUUGGCGAAUGGACCUAUUGGAUGGAGAAAUAAUAGUGUGGGGGUGUUUUUGAUUAAAUUGGAAGUCGGGGGACUGAAUUGAUGUUGGACCAAAAGCACAGGGUACUAAACAGUAAUUAGCCCUUUAUAAAAUGUACGUUUCUUGUUAGACAGCUCGAUUAUCAAUUUGAUAAAAAUUAGUUAGAGUAUGUCAUGAAAUAUUUUUGAAUUGUGCAUUUCACAAACUGCAGACAGCUCGACUUUCAUUGUCAGAAUUUCAAACUUGAUAAAAGAUAGUCUAUCAUGUUACAAGAUUAAAGUAUUUAUUAAGACACCGCUUACUUCAUGUUAAAGAAGACUAAUUUGAGAAGAGGCCAUUUAAAGUAUUUUGUGUCGGAAUAUAAAUGUAACAUUAAAAGGAUUUUAAUAUGAGAAAAAG